UCGGAGUUCUGUUCAUGCGCGAGUUAAUAAACGGCAAGUGAAAUAUUCUCUUAACGAGCUCAGCGUUCCGUUUCUGAAGGCUGUAUUUCGAACGAUACACGGAUCAACUCAUGGGCGCUGAUGGCUUGUCGCGUCAACAUUACCGCUAUCGCCCACGACGCUCACCAAAGUGGCAUGGAAACGCGACCACGAGCUGCGUGGGUCAUCUCUGGGCGUCGUGAUUGUUCCAGUGUAUGUGUGACCUGCUUUGGCAUGCAACUUGUUUAAGGGCCUUUCUUUUUUCUGUGUAUUCUUCAGGCAUAAGUGGCUCGGUGCAAUGUCCCCACUGCGACUUCCGAUGCUGGGGAAAGCAACGUCUGGACGGACACGUGAAGACAAGUCACGGUCACAUCGACAGGAGCGGCAGCUUCAAGUGCGAGUGGUAUCAAUACUCGACCGACAAGCCCACAAACAUGAAACGUUGCCGAAGGACUCACACUGGGGAUAGGUCGCAAUGCUGCUCCAUCUGCACGGUGCGGUUCGCUAACCGGUCACACCUUAACGAACACAUGCAGACCCACACUGGAGAGCGGCCGCACGGCUGCUCCAUCUGCCAUGCACGGUUCACUCGACGGUCACACCUCACCAGACACCUGCGAACCCACACUGAGGAUCGGUCGUACAGUUGCUCCAUCUGCUCUGUACGAUUUCCUGACCGGUCACACCUCACCAGACACAUGCAGACCCACACUGGGGAGAGGCCGCACGGCUGCUCCAUCUGCAAGGCACGGUUCACUGUUCGAUCAAGCCUAAAAAAUCACAUGCGGAUCCACACUGGGGAGCAGCCAUACGGCUGCUCUAUCUGCUCGGCCCGGUUCACUGAACGGUCCACCUUCACCAAGCACGUGCGAACCCACACUGGGGAGAGGCCGCACGGCUGCUCUAUAUGCACUGCACGGUUCGCUCAACGGUCACACCUCAUCACGCACAUGCGCAUCCACACGGGGGAGCGGCCGUACUGCUGCUCCAUCUGCAUGGCACGGUUCGCUCGACGAGGGAAUCUCAUCAAACACAUGAGGACCCACACGGGGGAGCGGCCGUACGGCUGCUCACACUGCCAGGCCCGGUUCGCUAACCGGUCUCACCUCACUACACACAUGCGGACCCACACUGGGGAGAGGCCGUACGGCUGCUCUAUAUGCACUGCACGGUUCAUUGAUCGAUCACACCUCACCAGACACAUGAUGACUCACACUGGGGAGCGACCGUUCGGCUGCUCCAUCUGCACGGUACGGUUCGCUGAACGGGGACACCUCAAGGCACACAUGCGGACACACACUGGGGAGCGGCCGUACGGCUGCUCUAUCUGCAAGGCACGGUUCACUCAAGGGACAAGUCUCACCUUACACAUGCGUACUCACACGGGGGAGCGGCCGUACGGCUGCUCACACUGCCAGGCCCGGUUCGCUCAACGGGCAAAGCUUAUCAGACACAUGCAGACCCACACGAAGACUGGCAGCACUGCUGCGACUACUGUCUAAUGGUUGAGCAGUUUGACGCAAAAACUCGAUUUUAACUGGUACACAGUUUUGAGAAUUACACAGGUUUGACUGAUGCGGUAAAUGGCUUGGUUGGCGAAAUGCAAUGCUGAAAUAUGCCGACAAGUGCAUGACCGGCUGACGUCAUACGUUUGAUAUAUUAGUGUUAUACAGCUUUUUACGCCCAAUUUAGGGCGGCAGUGCGCACAUUUCAGUUAUAGUGGGGGCGAUUCCGACAGUAUGCC